AUGGGUCCCAAGAAGCGGGCUUCUGAGGGUGCGGCGUCAUGCGCCUCGUCCAAGAAGCAAGCCUUCUCCAAAAUCUUAGGGACGGCAUUUGAGACUAGGUAUGCUGGCUGGCUGGCUAAAGGCCUUGAUGGUGAUGCUAUACUGUUAAAAACGAGGAAGCUGAAGCUGCCUUAUGAUGAGGUCAUAGAUAUUAUCUUCCCAAAAGUUUUCAAGGAUGUCCUCAUCGCAAGCGCGUGUGUAAUCCAGCCUCCGAGCCAAGAGCGGCCCAAGUACAUUAUCUUCUGGGAGCUGCUCAAGAACCUGCUGUCAUUCCAAGGACUGGACAAGCUGUUCGGUGUCUUCGUUGGUGGUGACGAUGAGGCAAGCGAAGAUGCCAACGUGGGCGACGAGGAAGAUGACACGGAAGAUGACACGGAAGAUGACGAGGAAGAUGACGAGGAAGAUCACGAGGAAGAUGACGUGGAAGAUGGCGAGCAUGACUUCUUGCUGCAUGCUGGCUUUGAGGAGAGCUUGGAAGGGCUGUUGGCGCAAGGAAAGUCCAAGUUUGUCCUCGUUCACUCCCACCCUGACAAGGUGAAGGCAGCUGUGGAUGUCGAAAAGCAACUAUGGCAGCCACUGGCUACUGCACUUGAGCUGGCAGAGGCAAGCGGCACAGAGGAGCCGGUGUGGGUGCUGCUCACGGACAUGCAGACGUGGUACUUUGCCAAGGUCCAGCGUGCGGGGCCACGGCCACAAACAAAUGAGCAGGGUGCAGCAGCAGCAGCAGUUGCACAGGCACCAACUUUGGUUGUGCCGCAGGACCCACCUGCCAGCCUGAUGCGAGCCAAAGCAAGCUUGUAUGUGUACUCCAUACAGCUGUAUGAGCAUAUCUAUGCUGGCUUGAAGACUUAUAGCUCAGAUUACUACCAGGUGCUGGAGCAGUUACUGAAGAUCAUGUACCCUGGCCUGGACCUGCGGGAGCUGCCAACACGCCAAGAUGCUGGCCAGGAAGUGAUCAACUCGCAGACAGAGAGCUGGGUCAAGGAGUCCCUGGCGAAUGCCAAGUCGGUGCUGGUCUUGUACUGUCAUACUGUGGACUGUGUGACCCGUGUUCAACAGGAAAAUGCUAACGCCAAAGACUUAGUGGCGGAGUAUGUGAAGCAGGUUGUGGCGGCCGAAGACUUAGCAGCCAAGCGGGUCGUGGUGGCUGAAGACUUAGCGGUGAAGCGGGUCAUGGUGGCGGCAGCAGAGAACGUAAAGCUGGCCGCGUCGGCAUCGGUGGAGAAAACAGCACUAAUGCAGGUUUGCAGAACAAGUGGGGGGCUGGCGGUGGCAAACACUGGCGCUGCUGGGCCGCAAGAUAGUGCCGACGAUGCAAGGCAGUGGGCUACCUGGAGGUGGCAGUGCCGGCUGGCUACAACAAGGGUGAAGCGCCUCAGCGCAACGUGCCUGGCCUCCCAGAUUUCCGAGAGGUACCUGGCCAAUGCCAGGGGUGGCGCCUCAGUCAUAGUGGUGUGCAUGCUGCGCCCCGGUACCUCUGAAGAAACUUUUUGCAGGUGUUCCAAGGCUGAGAACGCACAUGCAGCGAGGCAUGCUGCACGUGCAUGCAAAGAGGGCAAAGUCAGGGCGGGCCAUGCCAAUCCUGCCCUGACUGCAAAGAUAGCUCGGCUCAGAACCUGGGCGCUGCUCCCACCACCAUCACCACCACCACCGGGUAUCGACGGUGAUGCCGACGGUCCAGGAAUAAGCAUCCCGAGCAGCCUCCCCGCUGCCGACAUCACAACAGAACAACACCGCAACCGGGUCGACAAAGCCCCUCGGGGGCCCCCGCCGCCGCCGCCACAGCCGCCACCGCUGCUGCAUCCAGCAUCUACGGGGGUGUCAGCGGCCGUGGCGGCGGCGGCGUCAGGCCCCACUGCUGCUGCCGCUGCCGCCUUGCCAUUGGAAGUGGUUGUUGUUGCGGUCAGUGCCAGUCCGUGGUUCCAUGACGUCCAGGCAAACCACUCGAGCUGCUCCGAAACCCCCUUGGCCCCUUACGGAUCGCAACUUGGGGAUUGA